AUGCUGCGCAAGGCUCUGCAGUGCCGUUUGGGAGCCCUUUUUCUGGCUUUCCUUGGCCUCAGCUGCUUAGAGGAGGCCUUCGUGGCAAAAGUCUUCUUCAACACCUCGGGGCGCCUUGAGAGGGGCUCGCUUUCGGAUACCUCGGAGGCUCCGCGCUGUCUGGUGCCCGUGUACCAGGGCCUCUGCCUGGUGCGGAAGGCCCCUUCUUCCGACUUAUUAGAGCCGGUGCUUCUCUCAGAGGCCCCGGGGAAGGAGAGCUCCGAAAGCUCAAAGACCCAGUUUCUGGCCUCUUUGGGCCGGCCUGCCUCCGGGCCUCUGCUGGAGUUGCAGCAGAGGACCUUGGAGAAAGGAGGAGCCGGCGGAGCGAGCGGAGCGGGAUUCUGGUUGCUGGACCUCUCAGCUUCGCCGGAGCCUCCGAAGGGAAGCGAUUUGGGCGCGGAAGGCGAAUGGAGCAAACUGCGCUCUCGUAGUGGCCCCUCAGUCAUGGAUGCUUUAGCCGCGGAUGACUACGCAGCGCUGCUGUCCACCGCAGUGGGGCUAUCGGAGUGGCACCGGUCCGUGCCAUUCUGCGCCAAGUGCGGCGGCAGGACUGCUCCCUUCCGAGCUGGCCUCAAUCGACGCUGCGAGGCCUGUGGUGCCCGCUACCGUCCUCGCCUGGAUCCCUCUGUCAUUGUCUUGGUGACCCACAAGAAGCGAUGUUUGCUGGGCCGCAAGGCCGUUUGGCCCCCCGGGCGCUACUCGACUCUGGCUGGCUUUGUGGAGUUCGGCGAGACUUUGGAGGAGUGCGUGGUCCGUGAGGUGCGGGAGGAGUCGGGGGUUUCGGUGGAUCCGAGCAGCAUCCGCUUCGUGGCCUCCCAGCCCUGGCUCUUCCCUCGCUCUUUGAUGAUGGGUUUCAUCGCGGAGGCAUCAGACCCCAGCCUCCAACUCGACGCCGAGGAGCUCGAGGAUGUGGGCUGGUUUGACCGUGCCACCCUGCAAGGGGCACUGGCAUCGGAGGAGGCAUGCGAUGGCACCCCUGCCUCCCUAAACGUUCCUUCCCGAGCAUCGCUUGCCAACACUUUGAUGCGGACAUGGCUACGGGACGCGGAGGACGAGACGGGUGCGGCUAGAUCCAUCGAGGGCUGGGUCGUCAUUGUCUCGGGCGUCCACGAGGAAGCCCAGGAGGACGAUAUCUUCGAGGCCUUCUCCGAAUAUGGUGACAUCAAGAACCUGCAUCUGAAUCUGGACCGUCGCACAGGUUUCGUGAAGGGCUACGCAUUCAUCGAGUACGAAAACAAGCAGGAGGCAGAUGCGGCGAUCAAGGGCAUGGACGGCAACACCCUGCUGGAUCACAAGUUGGAUGUCAGCUGGGCUUUCGCCAAGCCCGGGAGCAAGAAGAAGCGCCGAUGA